UUAACACUCUUCAAAAAAUUAGUUAAAAAUUAAAAGUAACGAUGAGAACUUUUUUGAUACUUUCAAUGGCAUUAACUUGUGUCAUUUAUUCGAACGCUAAUGGUCGAGGGCAAAUUCCGACUCUACCAUCUUAUAAUUGCACUCAAUGGGAGAAAUGGCUCAACAAGACUUGGCGUGAAAUUUCACUUCCUCAUGCAUACGACUGCACGAGAUUCUACGAAUGCGAUGAUAUCAAAAUUAUUGAAAAAACUUGUGCUGAUCGUUACAGGACUCGUUAUGAUCCGUUUACAAAGCGAUGUGAGUGGAACUACAAAACAAAGUGCAUGACAUUCUAUGACUAUAGUAAAUGUUUUGAAGCUAUUGAAGGAAAAAAGGAAUGGAUGGUUUAGGACUGCUAAUAUUUUGUGGACUUGUCAAUAAAAUUAAGGAAUGCAUUU